UUACGCGAUUGGAAUCACGCAAGAAGUUUUUGAAGUGUCUGUUUGGCAACUAGUUUUAGCGCCGAAGCAAAAUCUCAGCCGUUACAGAACUUUCGCAAUGGAGGCUUGGGUUCCGCUAUUCGACAUUUUUAUGAACUCCCCAUCGCCGGAGUUCGAAGCUUCUCUCUGGUUACAACAAUCUUUCAACGCCUCGUCUGCCACCACCAUCACCACCGGCUCUUUCCUAUCGCUGCUCACAAAACCCUGCGACGCCGUCGUCUCCGACUCAUCUUCUCCUUCCACGAAAAGGGUUAUGUGGGUGCAAACUCUGCCCAAUGUGGUUCAGUCUCGCAUUCUGUCGUUUCUUGCUUUGGAGAAACAAAGAUUCUGCUCUCGGGAUUUGUCUAGGCUUGCUCGGAAUGUCUUGAGUGGGGACGGAGAGGUUGAGUUUUGGGUGAAGAGAGGUGCACGGAAUCUGCUUGAUCAAGUGUCUGAAUCGAGCUAUGAGUGGAUUUCUAGUUUGGGUUUGGACUCUGGUGGAGAAAGAGUAAAUGAGGAGUUCGAGGUGAUGCCGGAUUGGCUCAAGGAUGCUGCGGGUGAUAGUGAUUUGCUUCUUCCAUGGCUUCCCAUAUCGCCUGAUGAGUUGAAUUCGGGAACAGAUUUUGUUUGUUGCGGGGAUGAUUCGGAUGAAUUGGUGGUGGAUACUGGGGAUGGAGAAGAAAGGAUGGAUGUAGUGAUAGAGGAAAUUGAAAUUGUUCAAUCCAAAAAUGCUCCUUUGGAUGCUGAAGUUCAAAAUACGGCAGCUGGUUUGAAAGCCCAAAUUUUAACCUUUGAAUCUAGUUCCAAAACUGGAGGCUUGGCUGUUCAAAUUCAUGAACUCUGCUUGCAGAGAGGAGGCGACUCCUUUGCAAUUCUGGGUCUUAUUGAACCUUGGAAAGCCGAUGAUGAGGCUGCUUCGGUUUUAAUUUCUCAUCUUUCAGAUGGAAGUGAAGAAGAACUUGAUUGGCCCAGCCAAGUUCUCUGCUCAAUUAUACUUCCCAAAUUGUUAGUUCUAGAGGAACCUGCUUCUCGUGUGUUGGUGACUGCAAUAAUAGAGUACUGCAAGCUCCAUCAGAGGGCUGCUGUGUAUGGACUCUUGUUUCCUCUACUUCUCCGAAGAGGAGGUAUCAACAACCCUAUUUGUGAUGUGGUUGUGAGGAUUAUCAAGGAAUGCCUACACCCAGCUCAUGUUUCUGCCUUUUUCCAGAAGCUACUAUGUGAAGAAGAGCAUGUGAGGAGUUUCAUUUGCCUUCCUUGCCAUCAGUAUCUAAUAUCCAAUGAAUUGGUAUGGACAGAAUCUUUGUUUAACCUGUUGCAAAACAUCUUGAAUCAUAAUGUUCAUCUUACCCAGGAUUCAAUCGAUCAUCUUGUUUACCGAGUUCAGGAAUUGGCUGAAGCCUUUUCCAAGUCUCUGAAGUUUGGGAAUUUUUUGUUAUGUUUAGUCACCAAAUGUUCUCCCUUCUUGAAGUCUUAUAAGAUUUCAUUGACCGAAGCUGUUGAGCAUACAAACACUCUAGUGACCAAAUCUAUAUUAUCAAAGUUGUCUGUUUUGUAGUGGUUUAAUUACAAUUCUUUUUUUUUA